AUGACUAACAAAUUAAAUACUCUUGUGACCCUGGUGGUUCUUCACAGCAUGCUUAUAAAUGGAAAAACAACAUGUAAACGGCACUUAGUGGAAGAAUGGCGUACACAGCCCUCAUCAUAUGUGGUGAAUUGGACACUAACAGAAAACAUCUGCCUAGGUGUCUAUGGAGAUUGCUGGUUUGGUGAUGUAAAUGCUAAAAUAAAUACUUCAGAAAAUCACGUUGUCCCCCAGAUUUGCCCUUUGCAAAUUCAAUUAGGAGACAUCCUUGUAAUUUCUUCUGAACCAUCUCUUGAAUAUCCAGAAAUAAAUUUGAUGAACGUUUCUGAAGCAUCAUUCAUUGACUGUCUGCAAAAUACCACAACUGAAGAUCAGUUACUUUUUGGUUGCAAACUGAAGGGGAUGCACAUUAUUAAUUCUCACUGGCUGAGUGUUGGAACACAUUAUUUUAUCACAGUAAUGGCAAAUGGCAAGUCCCUUUGUCAACUGGGACUUCGACUAAAUGUGACCGUAAAAGAGCAGUUCUGCCAGGAAUAUCAGAGUUCAGAACUUUGCUCUGGGCAUGGUAAAUGUCUUACUGAAGUUUGGAGUAAGACAUACAGCUGCCAUUGUCAGGGUCCAUACUCUGGAAAAUACUGCCAGGAACUUGAUCCAUGUUCUUAUAAACCAUGUAAACAUAAUGGCAGUUGCAUUAAUAAAGGAGAGACGUGGAAUAAGCAAGGAUAUGAAUGUAUCUGUUAUCCACCAUUUACAGGCAUAAAUUGUUCAGAAAUAAUUGGCAAAUGUCAACCACAUAUCCAUUUUCAUGGGAACUGCAGUAAUGUUACUUCAAAUAGUUUCAUUUGUGAAUGCGAGGAACCAUUUUCAGGUUCACUCUGUGAGGAAUCAUUGGAAUGUUGUUGCCUAGAAGGGUUUUUCAGUCAAAACUAUGAGACAGAUGUCAAUGUGUGUUCACCAAAUCCAUGUCAGAAUGGUACUGACUGCAUUGAUAUUCCAAAGGAUAUCAUGUGCAUGUGUUUACCUAUAUUUACAGACAAGCUUUGUAAGCAUCUUCAAACACCACAUGAGGCAUUUCCUUGCAAGACUAAGGCCACAGAUAUGAAGUAUGAGGAAAAUUAUCACUGCAGUUUCAUGCCAGGAUUUACUGGAAAAAACUGUGAGAAAGUAAUUGACCACUGCAGACUGCUCACCAUCAACUGUCUGAAUGAAGGAUGGUGUUUCAAUAUAAUUGGAAGAUUCAGAUAUAUAUGCACUCCAGGGCACACAAGAAAUUCGUGUUGGUUCGUGAAGAAUGCUUGCUUCUUUCAUCUGUACCCCUGCUACUGUGGAGCCAUCAGCCAUAAUAUUUGUCAAGCUGAAGAUGCUAGUCCUCCUCAGUUUAAAUAUGUGUGGAGAUUGGGACUUACAGGAUCUGAAGGUCAAAAAUGUGAAGUGUUUACUGGUGAUUACUUUUUUCUCAUUGCCAAUUGCACAAAAGACACAGUCUGUGUGAACCAACCUGAAGCCCUUGGUCAUGUAUGUUGGUUCUUACAUGAAGGAAAAAGGGAGAUGUCUGUAAAUGGAUGCAGAUGUUUGACUGAAGAAAACAAUAAGAGAUACCAGUGCCUAUGUAUUCCCACAUGGCUUUGCAAAAUGUAUCUGGAAAAUACAACUGACUAUGAAGAAAAUAGAUGUCAACAAGAAGAUAAUUAUGAAGAUGAAAUUAAUAUACCCAGGUGCCGCUAUUCUCUUGGUCGCAUUGAUAGAUUCUAUAUGCUCAGUGUUGAAGAUUGUUUAGGAAGCCAGAAUACAUCAAUGCAUGGCCUGUGCCUGGUCCAUUUGCAUGGCUGCAAUUUUACCUGUCCACAAAGAUGUGAAAGACACAUCUGUGAGAUAGAAACUGAAGAUGGUGAACCUGCGCCCUGCAAUAAUGGAACAACAGGUAUACAUUUAAGUGGCUAUUUUUUUGCAAAUUGUUUCCCCUCUUUUCAAGGUGCAAGAUAUGAAAUAAAUGUUGAUAACUAUGCUUCACAUCUCUGUACAAAUAGAGCCACCUGCAAUGACCAAGCUGGUAGUUAUUCUUGCCAAUAUGUGGCUCCGUUUUCAGUGGUUGACAGCUUCUCCUGUUUACACAGUCUGGGUUCUGCUGGUCUGAGAUGCGAACAGGACAUUGAGGAUUGUGUCCUGAAUGCCCAUGAGAGCAAUUCUACAUGCAAAUAUCUACAUCUUAACUACCAGUGUGUGUGCUUUUCUGGUUGGGAAAGACAUUUCUGUGAACGAGAAUCCAGUACCUGCCAAAAGAAUCCCUGUAAGAAUAAUUCCACCUGUACUGACCUUGACAGUAGCUAUCGCUGUGAAUGUACAUUUGGAUGGACAGGACAAAACUGUAGUGAAGAAAUAAAUGAAUGUGACUCUGACCCAUGCAUGAAUGGAGCUCUUUGUCAUGAAUCUUCCAUCCCGGGGCAAUUUGUAUGCCUGUGCCCACCCUUUUAUACUGGAAAAUUUUGCCAUCAACACUAUAACCCCUGCGAUCCACCCAAUGACCCUUGCCAAAACAACUCAACAUGCUUGACUUUGGUAGAUGGAAAUUAUCAUUGCCUUUGUAGACAAGGAUUUAAAGGUCAACACUGUGAAAUUAACAUGAGUGCAUGCCUCUUCCUUCCCUGUCAGAGUUAUGCUGACCAUAAAGAUGGGGUCAAGAAUUUCAGGUGUGUUUUCAGACCUAGGUUAUCUGGACCUCUAUGUGAAAAUGAAAUUAAUGAGGGUUCCUGUAAACCUUACAAAAAUAGUGGAGUCUCUGUGGACCUGACAAAUAAACUUGUAUGUCAUUGUGAACCUGAGUAUCAUGGGUAUUUUUGUGAACUGAAUAUAAAUGAACAUGAAACAUCACCUUGUCCUGAUGGAGAAAAUGUUGUCAACAGAACAGGGGGAUACAUCUGCCUCUGUGCUCCUGGGUAUUCAGGCAUUGAUUGUGAAGUAAAUAUAGAUAAGUGUCUAUCAAAGGCCUAUUUCCAUGGUGGAACUUGUAUUGAUGGCAUCAAUCAUUAUGCCUGUGACUGCAAAAGUGGGUUUUCCAGAAGACACUGUGAAGCAAACGCAAAUGAUUGCAUCUCAAAUCCUUGUCCACAAGGAAGAUGCAUAGAGUUCACUGAUGAGCAUCAAUGUUCAUGUGAUGCAGAAUGGACUAGUGCAAAAUGUGAGAUCAAGAUUAACGACUGCACAUCCAUCCUCUCUACAAAUGAAGGCUUCUGCCAGAAGGCAGCCCACAGCUUUCCUUGCAUUUGCUCAAGCCAAUCCAGUGAUACAUACUGUGAAGUAAAUAUCAGCAGUUGUGCUGAGCCUGUGCUGAAUACAGUCUUCUGGCUUAAUGGAGGGAUUUGUGUUGAUGGACAUGGACACACGUUUUACUGCAGAUGUCUCCCUGGAUUUUCUGGGAAAUUCUGUGAAAUUAACAUAAAUGGAUGUGUUUCGUCACCAUGUGUAUAUGGUGCAAACUCUGAGAAUCACAUCAAUGGAUAUAUUUGCAAAUGUCAACAAGGAAAGUCAGGACGUCCCUGUGAGAAGGAACUUGAGUGGCUUUCCAACUUUCUUGUUCAUGGAACACACAUAGGAAAUAAAACUGGCGUUGGCGUGACAUGUUUACACACAUCUGGAAUUGUGAACUUUUCCAUUGGGCUUCUUUGUGGUAAUGAAAUUGGGAGAAUCACCUGUUUACCUCCUGUCUCUACAAGAACAGAGGCCAAUUCCACAAAAACAUACACAGUGCUCACUUCUGGGAUUUCAGUCAGUACCUUCCUAUUUGCAAAGGCUACUCCACUAUGGACCAUAAUGAACACUUCUCCAGUUUAUCAAGGUCCAAAACAGACAGACAAUUUCAAGCAUGAAGUUCUCCCAACCACUGGUUUGACAGCAUUAAAUAUUGGCACAUUCUUUGAAAGCUAUUUACUCAGAGAACUGAUUUCCACUGGAGAGCUUUCAGCACAACACAGUCUUUCUUCUUCCACAGAUGUUUCCUCUUCUCAAUUUCUGAAUUUUGGUGUUCAUGACCCAGCACAAAUUGUUGGGGGCAAAACAUCUAUAGUGCAUAUGCCCUUCCAAACUUCAGCAGAUACACCAGGACUCUUUUCCUCUGAUAAGGGAGAGAGCACCCCAUUUAUCAUCUCUUCCUUAACGACAAAUUUUAUUUUUCCUACACAAUCUUUAUUAUCUGAGAGUUCCCAGGCUAUUGCCUCGUCUGCUCCCACAAUGAGUUUGGUAAUUAGUGGCAUUCCAGGGGUUGGUAUUGAGUUAAACAGACACUCAUUACUCUCCCGUGGAUUCCUUCUCUCAACCACUUCCACAAGUGCACCUCCAGUCAUCUCUUGUGGGGCUCAAGAGGAUAUUGAAGCAUUUUCAGCUGUUUCCUUAAUUUUAAGAAGAGAGUUCCAGAGACCGCUGAGUGCCUCAACAUCUCCCAUAUCUCCUACUAAGAUAAUUAUAUCCAAACAGGUAGCCGUCUUAAACUCAUCAACUCUGCAUCGAUUCACUACCCAAGCCUCCAUUCCCAGUGAAUAUCAGCUUAAUACUGAAGCAUCUAGCAACCAGAGACUCACAAACAUCAAACCACAGGCUGCUGAUUUUUUAAGUGAAUUAAGUCAAACAUGUGCAACGUGUUCUAUGACUGAAAUAAAAUCCUCUCAUGAAUUCUCAGAUGAAGUUUCGCAUAGCAAACAGCCCCAGUUUUAUGACACAUUCUCGAUGUACUCGGCAAUAUUAGCCAGCUGGUAUGCACUAAUGGGAAUGCAAACUACCACUGCUGGGCAUUCCUUUCCUUCCUCUGAGGAAAUCAUGCCAUCAGUGGCAAUCACAGAACCAUCAUCUUUAUUUCCAUCUAAAAAGAGUACAAAAAGAAGAAUUUUAGUAUCAUCUGUAGAAGAAUAUAUCACCCAAUCAAGUAAUUUGGAUGCUAAUUUAUGUUUGAAUAAGAUGUGUUUAUCCAUUGUCCCUUCACAAACUGUCUCUUUAGACCUGACGAAUUCUGAUCUGACUUCAAAACUGACUAAGGGUGACCCUUUAGGAUCAGAAAACAUUUUAAAGCUAUUGAAAAUAGGACAUUAUGGCAUAACUAUGGAUCCCACUGAGAUGCUGAAUCAAAACAAGUUAUUGGGCGUGCAAGAACAUGAAGGGUCUCAGACCCCGUCCAAACUUCAUGCAAGGGAUGGUUCUCUAGAUUUUGAAUUAAACUUACGAAGUCAUCCAGAAACUAUGCAUUCAAGUGACCUCAAAAGCAACCUCCCACCAAGCAUAGAUUCCACAUCUGAUUUUUCAGAAGUAAGCUCUCACAUCACAUUUUCUGCAGUUUCAGCAUCUCAGUCAUUUCCAAUACAGACCUCUGUCCCCAUGUCUGUACUUACACCAGAUUGGACAUAUACAGAUUAUCUGAAUUUAACAUCUUAUUUAAAAGAAAAUACCAGAACUUCUUCAGAAUGGUCCAAAUGGGAGCUUCAGCCUAGUGGACAUGGUCAAGAAUCUCCUGCAGCAAGCCAGAGGAUUUCCAUCACUAGAUCUCUCAGUUUGUCUUCACUGGAGCCCAUUCCAGCAUCUCCUUGGCUGAAAAUUUCUGAUUUCAGUUGUGUGUGUUAUCAUGGAGAGUCCUAUCUAGAGUUUCAGAACGUGUUUUUAAAUCCACAAAAUAACAUUUCCCUAGAAUUUCAGACCUCCAACACCUAUGGACUCCUCCUCUACAUCAAGCAAGACCCAGAUAUAGCAGAUGGAUUUUUUUUUCAAUUAUUUAUUGAAAAUGGUACCUUAAAGUACCACUUUUUUUGUGCUGGUGAAGCAAAAUUGAAAAGCAUUAACACUACUAUUAAAGUGGAUGAUGGACAAAAGUAUACAUUGUUUAUCAGGCAAGAAUUGGAUCCAUGUAAAGCCGAACUGACUAUUCUAGGGAGAACUAUAAAAGCAAGCAAAUCUAUCAAUCACAUAUAUGGAAAACCCCUUCCAGACUCAGGGACUGUCUUUGUUGGUGGAAUUCCAGAUCUGCAUGGAGUAAACCAGAUUUCUGGACCAGUUGAGAAUUUUACUGGCUGCAUAGAAAUUAUAGAAAUCAAUAACUGGAGAUCUUUCAUCCCAUCCAAGGCAGUGAAAAAAAUUCAUAUUGACAGUUGCAGAUCCCAAGAUUCUACUCCGACUGCAGCAGCCAACUCUGUUGCUCCUUCUCGGGCCACGGGACUAGCUGGUUCCCCUGGGACCUCGCUCGCCCCCCACUUGGCGCCGGCCACGUGCCAGGGGCCAGUGUGUCGCAAUGGGGGCACCUGCCGCUCUGUCCUCCUCCCUGGUGGCGCCUUCUCCUUUCAGUGCGACUGUCCACUCCAUUUCACCGGCCGAUUCUGUGAACGAGAUGCAGGUUUAUUUGUUCCAUCUUUCAGCGGGAACUCCUAUUUAGAACUGCCUUUUUUUACAACCCAGGAGGAGUUGAAAUUUGUCCUGGAGAAGGAACAUAACAGAAUUGUUACCAUCUACUUGACUAUAAAAACAAACAGUUUGAAUGGAACUAUUCUCUACAGUAGUGAGAAGAAUUUUGGACAACGGUUUAUUCAUUUAUUUCUUGUGGAAGGAAGGCCUACAGUUAAAUAUGGAUGUGGAAGUUCUCAAAAUAUCUUGACUCUUUCUGCAAAUUACAGCAUUAACAGAAAUGCAUUCAUUCCUGUCACAAUACGCUACACAAUGCCUGUUGGCAGCCCUGGGGUUGCUUGUAUGAUUGAAAUGGCUGCAGAUGGAAAACCUCUAAUACGCAAAGAAGACGUAGAGACACCUCAAGACCCCCAGGGAUAUUUUGAAAAAAUGUUCCUUGGUCAUAUCCCGGCAAAUGUUAAGAUUUAUAAGAAUGCAGGCCACAUUUAUGGAUUCAAGGGGUGCAUUCAGGAGCUUCAAGUAAACAACAAAGAAUUUUUCAUCAUCGAAGAAGCACUGAGUGGGAAGAACAUUGAGAACUGCCUCCUCCAUGGGUGUGCACAUCAUCUGUGCCGCAACAAUGGCACCUGCGUCAGUGAGAGUGAAACUUGGUUUUGUGAGUGUCCAAGGCUGUACUCGGGCAAGCUGUGCCAGUUUGCAACUUGUGAAAACAACCCAUGUGGAAAUGGUGCCACCUGCGUUCCCAGAUCUGGGACAGACAUUGUCUGCCUCUGCCCAUACGGAAGGACAGGGCUGCUCUGCACUGAAGCUGUUCGCAUCACUCAGCCCAGGCUCAGUGGGACAGAUGCUUUUGGAUACACCUCGUUCCUGGCUUAUUCAAGAAUCCCAGACAUCAACUUUGAUUAUGAGUUCCACGUGAAGUUUCAGCUGGCAGAUGAUCACUCGGCAGUGCAAGACAACUUGCUCUUUUUCACCGGACAGAAGGGUCAUGGGCGGAAUGGCGAUGACUUCCUGGCGGUGGGUCUGCGCGGCGGCCGCGUGGUUUACAGUUACAACCUGGGAUCUGGCACAGCGAGUCUGAGGAGCGAUCCCCUCGAUCUGAGCCUUGGGAUCCACACAAUCCAUCUGGGGAGGUCUUUCCAAGUGGGCUGGCUGAAGGUAGAUGACCAUAAAAAUAAAUCCAUCAUCUCCCCAGGAGAACUGGUUGGUCUCAAUGCCUUCAGUCAAUUUUACGUAGGUGGCUACAGUGAAUACAUUCCAGAUCUCUUACCAAGUGAAGCCAACUUCAAAAGUAGCUUUCAAGGUUGCAUUUUUACUAUUCAAGUUCGCACUAAGAAGAACGGCCGUUUCAGAAGCCUGGGAACUCCUGAGGGCCACCCAAAUGCUGGGCGCAGUGUCGGCCAGUGUGAGACCUCUCCUUGUCACUUGAUGAAAUGUGACAAUGGUGGCACGUGCAUGGAGAGCGGGUCGACUGUUUACUGUAACUGUCCUAGGGGCUGGAAAGGAGCCUUCUGCACAGAGACAGUUUCCACCUGUGACCCUGAGCAUGACCCUCCACCCCACUGCAGCAAAGGGGCAACUUGUGUCUCGUUGCCUCAUGGAUAUGCCUGCCACUGUCCUCUGGGAACUACUGGAGUCUACUGUGAACAAGCUUUGUCUAUAAGUGAUCCGUCUUUCAAAAGCCAUGAACUAUCCUGGAUGUCUUUUGCUUCCUUUCGGAUUCGGAAAAAGACACACAUUCAGUUGCAGUUCCAGCCUCUUACUGCAGAUGGCAUCCUGUUCUAUGUUGCACAACACUUAAAAGCACUAUCAGGUGAUUUUUUAUGUAUCUCUUUAGUAAAUGGUUCUGUUCAACUUCGCUACAACCUUGGUGAAAGGACUAUCAUUCUAGAAACUCCCCAAAAAGUAACUACUAAUGGAAGUACUUGGCAUGUGAUUAAAGCAGGAAGAGAUGGUGCAGAAGGUUACCUGGAUCUGGAUGGAAGAAAUGUAACAGAAAAAGCAAACUCUAAAUUGAGUUCCUUGGACACAAGUACUGACUUUUACAUUGGAGGAGUGUCAUCCUUAAGUCUGGUAAAUCCUAUGGCAACAGCAAAUGAACCUGUAGGUUUUCAAGGUUGUAUCCGAGAAGUUAUUAUAAAUAAUCAGGAAUUACAGUUAACUGAAUUAGGAGCAAAAGGUGGUUCAAACGUAGGUGACUGUGAUGGGACAGCUUGUGGGUACAGUGUGUGCAAAAAUAGGGGCAAAUGUAUAGUAAACGGUGGAACUUUUUCUUGCAGAUGUUUGCCACAAUGGGCUGGAGAUACGUGUGACCAGUCUGUGUACUGUUUGAAUAAUCUUUGUCUCCACCAAUCCCUAUGUAUACCCAACCAAGCAUUUUCUUACAACUGUCUGUGUGCUUUGGGUUGGGUGGGAAGGUAUUGUAAAAACAGAACUUCAUUUUCAACUGCAAAAUUUAGGGGUAAUUCUUAUAUUAAAUACAUUGAUCCAGGAUACAGAAUGAGAAAUCUUCGGUUCACUAAUGUAUCCUUACAUUUCAGUUCUACUGAAACUGAAGGCUUAAUUACAUGGAUAGGAAAAGCUCAAAAUGAAGAAAAUGAUUUUCUGGCAAUUGGUCUCUAUAAUCAGACCUUGAAAAUAGCAGUGAACUUAGGAGAAAGCAUGUAUGUUCCUAUGAUAUAUAGCCCUGGUACAUUCUGUUGUAAUCAAUGGCACCAUUUAAUUGUAAUUCAAAAUCAGACUCUUAUUAAAGCCUACCUAAAUGACAGUCUAAUUCUUUCUGAGGAUAUUGACCCCCACAAAAAAUUUGUUGCAUUAAACUAUGAUGGUAUUAGUUACCUUGGGGGAUUUGAAUAUGGUCGAAAGGUAAACACUGUUACUCAAGAGAUUUUUAAAAGAGGUUUUGUUGGCAAAAUUAAAGAUGUGUUUUUUCAGGAUUCAAAAAUUGAGUUAAUUAAAUCAGAAGGAUACAAUGUUUAUAAUGGUGAUGAACCAGAUUAGGUUAAUUUUUUAUAUAAAAUAAAACUAGCAAUUUUUAUAUAUAAAAUAUUUAUAUAAAUGUAGUUGAGAGACAGAAUUAAGAUGGCAGGAAUAGAAAGGACUGGAGCUCAACUUCUCUCCUAAAAACAACAAAAUUCACAACUAAAGGCUGAGCAAUCUUCACCCAA